UUCACAUAAAUGUCGUGUUAAACAUGGUGUAAUAUUACACCAUGGUGUUAAACAUAUCUUAGUUUUAUUAUAACCCUCCAUAUGAUUAUUAUUUACACAUAAAGAAAUGGAGCAAAAAGGUGUGAAGAAAGAAAUAGAUAUUAACGAUGAAUAUGUUUAUAACAAUAAUGUUAAACAAGAAUUUAUUGAUGAAGAUCCAGCGCUAGCUAUAAAUAUGAAUGAUAUUAAACGAGAAAUAAUUGAUGAGUCAAAGAAUAAGUUCCAAAUAGAUGAAAAAUGUAUGGUUGAAGUUAAAGCAGAAAAAGACAGUUUCAAUAAUCAAUAUAAUAAAAAUGAAACCAAAUAUUUGAAUGUUAUAUGCAAAAGAAAUAGAUUGAAAGAAAAUCGGAAAUAUAUUAGACUAAAUACUAUUGCUGGGAUUGUUAUGUGCGUAUAUUGUGGAAAUUUUUACACAAAACGUGUUGAAUUUUUGUGCCACUUUACAACAAAUCAUAUAAUACAAAAAAAAUUUUAUGGGAUUAAAUUUCACCAUAAAAAUAAAAGUUUUCACCAAAGAAGACUUGUUGAUAAUAGUAUUUUGGGGAAUAUUAUUGUAGAAGAUGGAAAAAAAUUAAAAACAGAGAAAGGUUUAGAUGGGGGCAUGGAAGUGUUUUCAGUGGUAAGUAAUUCAAAUGAACAAGGGCAGUUUGACAAGGGUAAAAAGCAAUUCUUAUGUUAUAUUUGUUCAAAAUCAUUUUCACAAAAAAGUCAUUUAAAUUCACAUAUUCUGAUUCAUACCGGAGAAAAGCCUUUUAAAUGUGACAUUUGUUCUAAAACUUUUGCUCGCAAAAGUUCAUUAAAUUUACAUUUGCAUAUUCACACAGGAAAAAAACCUUUCAAAUGUGAUAUUUGUUCAAAAAAAUUCUCACAAAAAAGUUACUUAAAUUCACAUAUGCUUAGUCAUACAGGAGAAAAACCUUUCAAAUGCGAAAUUUGUAUGAAAAUGUUUUCGCAGAAAAGUAAUUUAAAUUCACAUAUGAUCAGUCACACAGGGAGAAAACCUUUCACAUGUGGCAUUUGUUUAAAAACAUUUUCACAUAAAGCUAGUUUAAAUUUACAUUCACUUCUUCAUAAAAUGGAAAAUUCAUUCAAAUGCGACGUUUGCUCGAAAACUUUUUCACGAAAAAGUAGUUUGAACAGGCAUUCGAUGUGUCAUGCCGAAGAAAAACCUUUUAAAUGUGACAUUUGUUCAAAGACAUUUUUGCAGAAAAGUAGUUUGAAGUCACAUUUGCUUUUCCAUACAGGAGAAAAGUCAUUCAAAUGUGACACUUGUUUGAAAAGUUUUUCACUCAAAAGUAGUUUAAAUAGACAUUUGCUUAUCCACUUAGAGGACAAACCAUUCAAAUGUGACAUUUGUUUAAAAACAUUUCCACAGAAAACUAAUUUAAACUCACAUUCCCGAAUUCACACAGGAGAAAACUCAUUCAAAUGUGAUGUUUGUUCAAAAAUAUUUUCACAAAAAAGUCAUUUGAAUUCUCAUAUGCUCAGCCACACCGGGGAAAAGUCUUUUAAGUGUGAUAUUUGUUUGAAAAGUUUUUCACACAAACGAAAUCUCAACAGACACUUACUUAGUCACACAGGGGAAAAGCCAUUUAAAUGUGACAUUUGUUCACAAACUUUUUUGAGGAAGAGUAGUUUGAAUACACAUUUACGUAAUCAUUCAGGAGAAAAACCUUUUCAAUGUAACAUUUGUUUCAAAUCAUUUUUACAAAAAUGUCAUUUAAACUCGCAUGUACUCAGUCACUUAGAGGAAAAGCCAUUCAAAUGUGACAUUUGUACGAAGACUUUUCCUCAAAAAAGUACUUUGAAUAAACAUUUGCGAAUACAUUCAGGAGAGAAAUCUUUCAAAUGCGAUAUUUGUUUAAAAACGUUUUUACACAAAAGCUCUUUAAAUUUACAUAUGGUCAGUCACUUGAAGGAAAAGCCAUUCAAAUGCGAAAUUUGUAUGAAAACUUUCUCGCAAAAAUGUAGUUUAAAUAUGCAUUCUCUACUUCAUAUAGUUGAAAAACCAUUUAAAUGUGAAGUGUGCUUCAAAACAUUUUCACAGAAAGGUAAUUUAAAUAUACAUUCGCUUUGCCACACAGGAGAAAAACCAUUCAAAUGUGAUAUUUGUAUGAAAUAUUUCUCUCAGAAAAGGAAUUUGAAAAAGCAUAUGAAAAUUCACACUAGAAUUGGAUCUUAAAUUAUUAUGGUUUUGAAUCAUAAAAAAAUGAUCCCACAAACAGAACAAUAAUUCAACACCACAAACUGCAAUAAAUACUGUUUUCCCCGUAUAAUUUUUGAAUCAAUACAAAAAAAAUUCUAAAUGCUUAUUUUCAACAGUGUUUUAUAGCUUCAUAAGUUUUUGUAAUCUUUCAUUUAAAUUAAAUAUA